AUGUCGAGACCAAUAAUCCUCCACAUUGGCGAUCCCAUCAAAUACAAUACCGAGACCCUCGACCGCCUCGCUUCUCAAUUCACCAUCAUCAGACCAUCCCUCGAAGAACGACAACGCGAUGCAUUCAUGCAAGCACUGCGAGAAAAGAAAUGGGGCGAUUUUCAAGCUAUAUGCCGACCCUUCUGGAAUUCGGGGGGCGAAAUGGGUCGUUGGGAUAAGGAGUUGGUGCCAUUAUUACCUAAAAGCGUAAAAGUGUUUGCAAGUGCGGGUGCGGGUUAUGAUUGGGCUGAUGUUGAUGUUUUGGCUGAUCACGGAAUUUUAUAUUGCAAUGGCGCAGCAGCAUCCUCCGAAGCUGUCGCCGACACUGCAAUCUACCAUAUCCUCAACGUCUUCCGCAACCUCAAAUGGUCCCUUGUCGCCGCGCACUCGGGAUCCGCCGAGCAAUGGCAAGAAGCACACAAAAACACUCAACUCACAGCUUGGAACCCGCGCGGCAGGACCCUCGGCAUGAUCGGUCUCGGAAAUAUCGGGUACACAAUCGCUCAAAAAGCGUACAGAGCGUUCGGCAUGAAAAUCCUCUACCAUGACCCUUACCGCAAGUCGACAGAACAGGAAAAUGCUAUUGAAGCGACGUAUUGCGCCUCGAAUGAGGAGAUGGUUGCGCAGGCAGACUGCGUCGUGCUCGCGAUGCCGUUUGGGGGUAAAGAGAUUAUUGACGCUGCGUUACUCUCACAUUUCCGUGAUGGAUCUCGAUUCGUCAAUAUCGCUCGAGGGAAACUGGUGGAUGAGGAGGCUGUCAUUGCAGCGCUCGAGUCUGGGAAGUUGCAUGCUGUGGGGCUGGAUGUGCAGUAUAAUGAGCCUCAUGUUCACCCUAAGAUGGCGACUAUGCGCAAUGUAGCGCUUACGUGCCAUACGGCUGGUGGUGCGAUGGACACAGUCCUAGGAUUUGAGAGGCUUGCUAUGGAGAAUUGUGAGAGGGUGAUUUUAGGACAGGAGCCGUUGACGGCUGUUAAUAAGCAUUUGAUUAAGAAGUAA